AUGGCCCUCCGCACGGCGCGUGCUCCUGUUGGGUGGCUGCCGUACUCGCCCGUGGCAUUCGCAACCGCGGUGGUGCUGAUUAACGCCGCCGUUCGCCUCACUGAGAGCGGCGGCCUCGAGCUGCGGCCGUUAUCUGGCGCUGCUGCCAUGCUGUCAUCUCCGCCGAUGCUCUGCUGUGCAGCCGCCGUAGCAGCUGGAUGCUCUUGGGCCUGCCGCGCACAGCUCCCGCGAGUCGACCGGCUGGCAGCGAUCUGGCACCUUGUGAACGCGACCUUCUUCUUCUUUGGGUGCGACGUGAUGAGCGGCUUGUUUGGCGUCGUGCCGGCGAUGUCGGAGCAGUACCUGACGAUGGACCGGCGGCAUGAACGGCGCAGGCACGAGCUCGACGCGAUGUACUGGGCCGAACUCGCCGUCCACAUCCCCUUCUCGGCGGCCGUCUUUUACGGCUACGUCUCCCGGUCCGCGUGGACGCCGCUGCUGGAGUCCUUCCUCGGAGGCGUGACUCUCCUUGGCACUCUGGCAUACUACGUGCCCGAGCUUCUCACCGGAGGGCACAACUGGCUCCCGGGCGCGGUCGGGGUCGCCACCACCGCCCUAGGCGGGGUCUGGAUCGCGGUGCCUCUCUGCCUGCUGGCGCGAUCGGUCCGGCAGGGCGGCGGCGGCUCCGCCGGCGAGUCGUGGAGGGCGAGGUGA